AUGGAAGCUCUGUUUGAAGAGCUUGAACCGGAAACUCAGGAAAGAGUCAUGCAAACAAUACGCGAAGACUCAAAUACAGACUAUGACAAACUCUUUCUAGGAUAUAGGUUACCUGAGAUGGGCGACCAGAGCCAAAAGGCAAAAAGGACAUGGGAAAUUUGCAACAUACUAGAUGAACAUAAUGCAAAGAUGCAACAACUUCAAGCAGAGGGCAAUGAAGGAGAAAAGAAGAGUUAA